GUUCUUCAAAUCAAAAUCUCUUCUUGUUUUUCUCUCUCCCCUAUUUUCUUGCAUGGAAUUCUCUCUUCCAUUGGUUCAAAACUUGCAUUUUGUUAAGGAAGAGAUGUCAAGCCCUCUUAGUGAUCAAAUUCUGAAUUUUUGUGAAUCUGAAUUUUUCCCAAAUGUACAAAAUUCAGAAGUUGCUUCUAGCUCAAAUUGUUGUAGCUAUGAAGAACAAAGUUCCUAUUCAAACAAUCUUGAUAUGAACAAGUUUAGUAACACUAUUGAAAAAAAUGAAGAAAAAAAUAUUACAACAGUUACCUCUAAUGUUAUUAUCCCUUCAAGAAUCAAUGACGAUAACAACAACAACAACAACAUGAACAACAACGAUCUCUCGAUCAUGUUUGAUACUCAAGAAGAUCAAAUAGAGAAUGAUAUAUCCGCUUCUAUACAAUUCACACAAGCUGGAAAUUUCUCAAUCCCACAUCAUUUACUUCAUACUCAACAUCAAGAUUUAUUCGAUAUCAAUUCUCUCAACGAUCAACAUAUGAAAAUGACAGAUCAUGUUUCGGAUGGAUCCCUUCAUCAACAGUAUCAUCACGACCAUCAUCAUCAUCAUCAACCCCCUAUCGUUCCACUUAUGGGGCCAUCAUUAGGACAUUACUACGAAGACGAUUCUUUGUCCUCCAUACCUUCUUACAUGCGUGUUCCUACAUCUUCAUCAUCUCCCCUUCUUGAUCCUUCACUCGCGAAUUACUUACCUUUAAACACAAACACCAACUUGCCUAAUGCUGAAUGUUCAGCUAUACUUGCUGCUGCUGCUGCUGCUGCCACCCCGGGAGGUAGCUUGUUUUUCGGAACAGAGUUUCCACCGGUACAAGAAAUGGAUUUUCAAGGAGAUAGUAGUAGACUAUUCUGCCCUGAUUCCUUGCCACGAGUCUAUAACUGUACCUCUGAUGAGCUUCAGGCACUAAGCAAUGAGAGUCAACAUUUGGUUAGUACUAACCCUUUGGCAUCAGAAAUAACAAAUUUGGAAGAUACUACUUAUAAAGCUGUUAAGUGCACACCGGAGGAGAGGAGGGAGAAGAUUCAUAGAUACAUGAAGAAACGAAACGAAAGGAAUUUCAGCAAGAAAAUCAAGUAUGCAUGCAGGAAAACUUUAGCAGAUAGUAGACCAAGGGUAAGAGGAAGAUUCGCGAAAAACGAUGAAUUUGGUGAAGCUAGUGCUAAGACAAUGUCAUGUGGUACAAAUGAAGAUAUCACACAUGAUCAUCAAGAUGUAAAACUCAAUUUUACAUAUCAUCAAGAUCCUAACAUGAUGAAUACUUCAUCUGGACAUGACAAUAAUGGACGGAUUUUCACUUCGAAUUGUCACUCAUCUACGAGUCCCUACGAUAUUUGCCCUCCUCUGUAUUGUACAGAUGGACAGUUGCACUAAACUCCGCGGAUGAAUAAUUUGAUCUACACGAGAAGAAGAACUGGUGAAGUCAUAUAAGAUACCUUUGGUGUAAAUAAUUUCAGUCGUCGUCGUCCACCAAUCUUGGAUUUCAUCAGGCAGAUUUUUACACUAUGCUUAGUUUUUUC